AUGGUUAUAACUUAUACAAUAAUUUGUAUUUAUUUUUAUUUGUGAGUGUACGCGUGUAUAAAAUAUACAUAAGUCUAGUAUACGUAUUAUUUCCGCCCGCACUCAACAAUAUCUAAUUGCUGUCGACGAUGUCUGGGAAAAUAGUCAUACUGCUGUUGUUCGGCGCUCAGGUGACCACGAUCACCGCGAUCGUGACCUACGCGACUCCGCUGUUACAACAGAGGGCCGGUUCGUCGACCGUAAAGACGCUCUACCACCAGGAUUUAGCAAAUUUCCGAGGUUCGCCCAUUACGCGUCGAGUGCCAUGUGCUCCACGCACCGGGACGAGCUUCGAUGUGCUGAUUCGCAUAUACUGCACAAAACGGACGCGGUCUCCUCGGCCGCCGUGCACGACAAAAUGCACGGAAACUUCUCGACCGCUUUACACCACACGCUGCAUAGAGACUUCUCGGCCGCCGUGUACGACAAAAUGUACGGAGACUUCUCGACCGCUCUACACCACACGCCGCAUAGAGACUACUGGGCGGCCAUGCACGACGAAAUGUAUAGAGAGUACAAAUGUCAAUGA